GUAACAGAAGUUGAAACCACUCUGUCUGUCUAGUAUGUAACGCUCACACACCCCACUGUCUUCAACUCUGACUGACACACUCUAAAACACAAGCAACCACACAUAACAACAAACAAACACACCAUUGCACUUCUUAGAUUUCAAAUAUCAAAAUCUCAAAUGGGUUUUUCACUACUACACCUACUUCUUCUCUUUUUUCACAUGCUCUUUUUCCUCUUAAACCCAAAAUGUGUCUUUGGGAUAAAUGAAGAGUUAAAAACACUCAUGGAAAUCAAAGCAAGUUUGGAUCCAAAUAACCAUUUUCUACACUCAUGGACCAUCAAUGGUAACCCAUGUGAUGGAUCUUUUGAAGGAGUAGCAUGCAAUAAAGAGGGUCAAGUUGCUAACAUUUCUUUGCAGGGAAAAGGUCUUUCAGGGAAGCUUUCACCAACCAUUGUUGCUCUCAAACACUUGACAGGUCUCUACUUGCAUUAUAACUCUUUGAAUGGUGAGAUACCGAGAGAAAUUUCAAACUUGACUCAACUUGGUGAGUUGUAUUUGAAUGUUAAUCACCUUUCUGGUGAAAUCCCUCCUGAAAUCGGAAGCAUGGAGAGUUUGCAAGUUUUGCAGCUUUGUUAUAAUCAGUUAACAGGGAGCAUACCUGCACAACUUGGUGCUUUGAAAAAGCUAAGUGUUGUUGCUUUGCAAUCAAACCAAUUAACUGGUGCUAUCCCUGCUAGUCUUGGUGAUUUGGGUAUGCUUGUGAGGCUAGAUUUGAGUUCUAAUAAUCUCUUUGGUUCCAUUCCAACUGGUCUAGCUAGUGUUUCUUCACUCAAAGUUUUGGAUGUUCACAACAAUUCACUUUCUGGAAAUGUACCUCCUGCUCUUAAGAGACUAAAUGAUGGAUUUUUGUAUAAGCACAAUCUUGGGUUAUGUGGAGUUGGGUUUCCAUUCUUGAAAACAUGCAAUACAAGCAAAGAUGGAGCACCAACAAGAAAUAUCCCAGAAACGGCAAAUGUGAAGUUACCUUGCAAUGAAACUCAAUGCUUUCAUUCAUCGAAGUCCAAUCAAGCCACACCAAUUACUCUUGGCGUAUCUGUGGUUAUAAUUGCAGUGUUGGCAAUUGUUAUCUUAACGUUCACGUUAUAUAUGCGUCGAAGAAAGCAAAAGCUUGGAAAUUCUACUCAUAUCUUGGAUAGUCGUCCAAGCACCGAUGAAGCCAAAGUUAUAUACAGAAAAAGUGGAUCUCCUUUGGCUAGCCUUGAGUACACUACUGGAUGGGAUCCUUUGGCUUAUUAUAGGAAUUUCAAUGUGGAAAACCAAGAGGCCCAAGACAGGUUCCAUAAUUUCAGGUUUAACUUGGAAGAAGUGGAGUCGGCUACUCAACAUUUCUCGGAUUCGAAUUUGUUAGGGAAGAGUAACUUUUGUGCAACAUAUAAAGGCGUUUUAAGAGACGGUUCAGUCGUUGCUGUGAAGAGCAUUAGCAAAACUAGUUGCAAGUCUGAUGAAGUUGAGUUUUUGAAGGGUUUGAACAUUUUGGCAUCAAUGAGGAAUAAUAAUUUAGUAAGGUUGAGAGGAUUCUGUUGUUCGAGGGAGCGAGGCGAAUGCUUUCUGAUCUAUGAUUUUGUUCCUAACGGAAAUUUGUCGCGCUUCCUUGAUAAGACGGAAAAUGAUGGAGAAGUCCUUGAAUGGUCAACUAGAGUUUCUAUUGUCAAAGGAAUUGCUAAAGGCAUGGCAUAUUUGCAUUCAUACAAACCAAACAAACCAGUAAUCGUUCACCAAAACAUCUCAGCUGAAAAGAUUCUAAUUGAUCAGAGGUACAAUCCAUUGCUGGAUGAUUCUGGUCUGUACAAGCUUCUUACAAAUGAUAUUGUCUUCUCUGCACUUAAGGGUAGUGCAGCAAAGGGUUACUUAGCUCCUGAAUACAUCACUACCGGCCGGUUCGCCGAGGCAAGUGAUGUUUACGCAUUUGGUGUGGUGCUUUUCCAAAUCCUCUCAGGGAAGAAGGUGAUAACUAACUCAAUAAGGCAUGCUGCAGAAUCCUUAAAAUUCAAAGAGUUUAUUGAUCAAAAUGUUGAUGGUAGAUUCUUUGAAUAUGAGGCAGCUAAACUAGCAAAGAUAGCUUUGCUUUGCACUCAUGAGUCUCCUUUUGAAAGGCCAUCCAUGGAAGCAAUUGUUAAAGAAUUGGGAAAUUGUAGUAGCUGUCUCUAAUUUCAAUGACUAAAUUAUUUCAUCCAUAAUUAGAUUAGUUUACCUAUGUGGUGACUAGGGUUGGAUGAUGAGAUGACAAAUUAGUGCUAACUAAUUAUUGCUUAUAGUACUACCUUUUAGGGAACAAUAUUGUUAUAUAAUUAUAUACUAUUUCCUUAUUUAGGGAAUAGCUUUUAUUAUGUGACUGUAUUUUGGACAGUAGUAUAGUAUGUUGAUUUUAGAGCAGGGGCUUUAUUGAAUAUUUUUCUAUAAA